AUGGCUUGGGGCACGUGGUGUCGAGGGGACAGGGGAUGCGAUCCCCGCGCCGGGAGCUCCUCAACUGAGAAGCGACCCCGACCAGGUUCCUACGAGGCCUGCUUCUCUUCGCGGGGGGGGGGGUCCUCUAACCCCCUGGGGGCGGUGACUGACGACGCUCAGAAGUUCAAAGAGGCGGCCGGGCCCGCGAUCGGCAGCGCGCACGGGCCAACCAAGCCGCGCCUCCGAGAGAAGCGCCUACGCGUGACUGACGGGGGAAUCCGCGGGCCAACGGGCUGGGCGGCCCGGCGGCGCGCGCUCCCGCCGGCCAAUCAGAGCGCCGGGCGGGGGAAGUGGGCGGAGCGAGGCCAGGUUAGGGUGAGCGGCCUCCGAAGCGGAGCGGGGCUGAGGAGACACUUUUUUUUUCCUCCCUCCUUCCCUCCUCUCCUCCUCCCUUCCCUUCCCCUCUCCUCCCCUCUCUCCUCCUUCCCCCCUCGGUCCGCCGGAGCCUGCUGGGGCAAGCGGUUGGUAUUGCAGGCGCUUACUCUCCGGGGCCGCCCGGCGGGUAGCUGGCCGGGGGAGGAGGCAGGAACCGCGAUGGCGCCUCAGAAGCACGGCGGUGGGGGAGGGGGUGGCUCGGGGCCCAGCGCGGGGUCCGGGGGAGGCGGCUUCGGGGGUUCGGCGGCGGUGGCGGCGGCGACGGCUUCGGGCGGCAAAUCCGGCGGCGGGGGCUGUGGAGGCGGCGGCAGUUACUCGGCCUCCUCCUCCUCCUCCGCGGCGGCAGCGGCGGGGGCCGCGGUGUUACCGGUGAAGAAGCCGAAAAUGGAGCACGUCCAGGCUGACCACGAGCUUUUCCUCCAGGCCUUUGAGAAGCCAACACAGAUCUAUAGAUUUCUUCGAACUCGGAAUCUCAUAGCACCAAUAUUUUUGCACAGAACUCUUACUUAUAUGUCUCAUCGAAACUCCAGAACAAACAUCAAAAGGAAAACAUUUAAAGUUGAUGAUAUGUUAUCAAAAGUAGAGAAAAUGAAAGGAGAGCAAGAAUCUCAUAGCUUGUCAGCUCAUUUGCAGCUUACAUUUACUGGUUUCUUCCACAAAAAUGAUAAGCCAUCACAAAACUCAGAAAAUGAACAAAAUUCUGUUACCCUGGAAGUCCUGCUUGUGAAAGUUUGCCACAAAAAAAGAAAGGUAAUGUCAAUAAAAUGAUAUUGGUAGAGUAAAUGGAAUAAUUUGCUUAAUUGGACAUCUUUAUGCAUAUAUAUUGUAUUUUAAAGCUGAGUUUUAAAUUUUGAAAGCUUAAGAAAUAUAUUGAUGGCCUAAUUAUAAAACUGAUAACCUCUUUUGCCAGCUCGCAUAUCUGUGUAGUUUUUCUAGUCUUUUAAUAAGUGUCUGUACGAAACUUUCUCUUAUAGGAGUCUGGAAAUGGCGAAGCUGUGUUUCAGCAUCUGGCAUAAAUUCAGUUGCUUUUCUACCAUUUCAAUCUGUUAGCGUAUUUCUUAGCUGUUUGUACCCAUUGACAUUUUAGAUAAGGGCUAAGAGAGAGUUUUUUCCACAAGAUUAUCCUUUGUAACACUGCUCUCAGGCAAAGAAAUUUUGUUGUCAGCGUUAUUAGCCAUUCACUUAUUAAUACAUUGCUUCAAAUUUUUAUAAAGUGAAGUUAUUUCACCAUAGACACAAGUGUUAAGAUGUUUCCUGGUCAACCGAUCAAAGCCAACAGAUGUACCUUUAGUUGCUUUAAGUCCCCAAGUGUUUCAAGAGGAGUAGGAACUGGUCUGGGUCCAGGGUCCCAGUGCUGAUAAUCUUCGAAGACCAUAGGCCAUAAGGGCCUCAAUCGUUGGGAGGGAGUAGACUAAGGCGCCUCGGAGGCAGCAGUGGAACUUUAUUUUUAAAAGUUUCUGUAAAGGCCGGUUGCCGUAGCUCACACCUAUAAUCCCAGCACUU